AUGGCCGGGGCGUACACUGGGGCGUACACUGGGGUCGGGGCCAAGAACAGGGGGCGCGCACGGGGCCCGAGGUCUGGGGUCCGGGGUCCAGGGUCUACCGACGCCGCGCAGGCAGAGGCGGCUCCGCGCGGGGUAGAGGUCUGGCCCCGCCGCCCCGCCCCGGAGACCAGCCCCCGGCCCGCAGCCUAUCGGCCCCUCCGACGCCAGGAGGGGCGGUGCUUGGACACCCGCCGGGGAGGGGCGCCUCGCCCCGCGGAUUUCCCGCGUCUACUCCUGGGCUCCUGCGGGCUCCUGAACAGCGCCUGGUGUCCGGCAGGAGAACAAGCUUCCCAGAUGCGGAUCGAAUUAAGGGAAGGGGCGGCAGACAGACCAUCUGAGCCCCUCCCUGGAAGGUCGCCCUCUGCUCUGCGCAGCUGCUUUCUGGACAAGCUCCCUGAGAUGGCAGCCUGGGAACCUGUGCUCCCACCAGCAGUCCCAGGCCAGAGGGCAGAGUUGGACCAUCACGUCCUCCAGAGCGAAAGGCAGCAGCUCAUGGGUGUGGAUGUGGAUGUGGAGGCACCUCAGGCAAAGGCGACAGAGGCCGUGGAAAUGGUCCGAACACACGGGCCCUGUCCCCUGCUGUCACACCACUUCCUGUGAUGAAACGAGGUACGGAGCCGCAUGCCGCGGCGAUCGUGAUCUCUUCCUUCCUCGCAUGUGGCAAUUCUUUGAGAACAAAAACUAAAAGGCAAAAACCAAAGCUGCUGUGGGUGCCCACUCUCCACUCCGUGGGCAGCUGACCGGCCACGUGCAGCUGCUGUGAGCAGCCAGGACCAGGACCCCACAUGCACCUUGGCCCUCCCCCUCACCCCCUGCAUCCCUGAGGUGCAUUGGCAAACCUCCUGCCCAGGGCCCAGGAUGGGACACGCAGUUUCUGGGCCUCAGGGCAGGGCAGGAGGGCCCCAAGGCAGGGUCAGCGGGCUACUCUGCUCACAGUGCAAGGUCUGCACAAUGCCGGGGCUGGCCGUGAUGGCUCACAGGCCACCCCUGACAGGCUUUAGACUGGAAGAGGAAACAGCCUGUGGCUUGAACGGGAGCCCCCGGCUCCACAGUCCCUCCUGUGCAAGGCAGUGGACAGGCUGAGGCUGCCCACACCCCGGCUGCAAGGGGGGCACCCAGGCUGCCUCCAGGAGCCUGCUUCUGGCUCUCAUUCCUCCUUGCCCACCAGGACACCCCUCUCCGGAAGCAGGUGCUCAGAGCUGAACUGGGACAGUGACACGUGACCUCUGGCGGUGGGCGGCAAGGCAGGAGUACUACAGAGCACUGUGGUGGGGGCCCCAGCCGUCGGGCAGGCCGGGGUCAGGUUCCCCAGCCCCGCGGCAGGUGUCCUCAGGACUCACCCAGACAGCUAGAGGACCAUGCUGCCCCCUAGUGCCAGGAGCCCAUCCUAGCACGAUGGUGGACUUCUGGGGGUCCAGGCCAGUGUACCAGACCUCGUGUGGACACCGGGACCCUGUCCCCUGCAUGGCACCUUGGUUAAUUAUCUUCAUGUUGCUCAAACA